AUGGAGUCCGAGCUGAUCCUCGAAUAUCUCGGGAAUGGCUUGAUUCGCGACAGCUUGCUCAUCAAGAGCAUUUUAAAUGGAGACACAAGCCCUCGCGAUUACGCUUUGUUUCUUGAGAACAAAAUGACAACCUCUACUGAGAAAUGUGAGACGGCCGAGUUAUUCGAUGCUGAAAUUUAUAGUAGCGCAUUUCUUCGUGCUAAUUUUGAGAGUGUGAUUGCCAAAAGUUCGUAUUAUAUAACUCAAAUGGACGACUUGGAGCUCGUAGUACCAGUCAUAGACUGUACUUCGCCACCUUUGAUAGACGGAGACCCAUCAUUGUUGCGCGUGUUUAACGUUGCUCGCCGCAAAAGCGAUCCCACUGCUGUACAACUCGUUACGACAUCGAUCUCGGUCCAAGAUUAUAAAAUUCCAGAAGUAAAUCGAAUUGGGCCUGCUAUCGUCAUCGCGUUUUUCGCCGUCAGUGAUAUGAGAGCAUCAGUGGUAGACCAGUAUAUAUUGCUUGGACUGGACUACGCGUUCACGCAUGAACCACUCUACGAAGUUUACAAGCUGGAACGUGUGUCAACGGAUGGCUAUUGGAAUCUUACAAGUAUUCCUGAAGAUCUUGCCUUAAACCCGGUCAAGACAGUCCUUACGGCUCGUCGACGCGGGUUUUAUCUGAGUGCAGAAUCAGAGCAAUCAAACAUUCGCAAUCUAGUCUGGACUUUGGAAAAGGCAAGCCCAACCCGAGCAAUUUCGCUUUGGCAAUGGAGAGGCCAACCUCUUAUUUUUGAUUCGUGGGCUUGGGUUCAUGGCAUUCAUAUGAUCUUUUGCGUGCAAACGCUCUUCUCCCUGUGUGUACUGAUGCUCAUCGUUUACCGAAAGGCAUGCGACGGAAAAGUUUGGAUUGGGGACUCUUUUGCCUCGUUGUCGAAUAGCACUCUUAUAGUUCGCGGGCUUCUUGUGUUUUUCUCUUGGAUUGUGAACGGAAAAUGGACAUUGCUUGAGUUUUGUAUAUCAAAUGCUAACGACCUUACCGGCACUCAGCUUGUACCAAUUCACUCAGAAAUUGUUCACGCAGACCUUAUGGUGAUGUUUCUUAGCUUGUUUGGACUUGUGGGACAUAUUUUUAAGGAAAGGAUUGAUCCUACCAUCGGUGUGUUUCUUUAUGAGGCUAUACACGAUAAUCGCCAGCAUAUUGUAAAGAUGGCACCUGCUGUUCUUCAAACGGUGCGUGCUUUUUCUGACAAAGAGUAUCGCCUUGGAAUUGCUCCAGUCACCGAUUUGCAGCGGGAAAUGUCGCCCAUGAGGCUUUGGACAACAGACAAGUUGAAAAGUGUCAACAACAAAUUUGUUUUCGCCUCUUUCUAUCCAAAGUAUAUAUUGAUGGGCACAUUGAUUUUAUUCGUAGUGCUGCGUAAAGUUUACAAAAUAUUCUACCCUGACCCAUUAGCUCCGAGUCUUACAAACAGGAGUACUGAUCGAUCUACUAAUGAGCGGGCUGCGUUGGCUCAGAAAGGUAACCUUACCAAAUUUGAAAUCUCAACUGGCGCAGAGUUACAAGCUCGCUACGGUUUGAUCUCGGACUACAAGAACUAUGUGUUUUUUAAGGGGCUGAAGUUUGCAUCUCCUGAUGGUGUGUACUGCUCAGGCUACGUUGUUGUGAAUGGGAAGUAUCUUGUGGCUACAGAAGAUAUACUUACCAUUGCGAUGAUUAAGAUUUCUCAAACGCGCUUGCUGAAUGUUUACGCUUACGAAGUUGACGGAUUUUCUGUCCAGCGCACUGCUAGACUUGUGUACCCAAACACCUUUUCCUGGAACGAUCUCCUGCAUCUCAACGUUACUAUCUUAUCGUAA